AUGGAGAGUAUCAACAUAUGUGUGAUAGGGGCCAAUGGGGUCGGCAAAUCACACUUUGUACAAAGGGCCAUGUCCCUACCACGCGUCCCAGGCCCCAAUCCUACGACAGCUCGUAUCAAUAUCGACAAUGUACCUUAUGCCGUCACGUUGUUUGAAUUGGAUCUCGAAUACUUCGACGUGGAUCCCGAUCGGCAGAUCAAGUGGCCGAAGCAGAUGGGUGGUGCCAUUCUUCCCCGCGUGAACGGAGUAUUACUCUUAUACGACGUGAUGAACCGGGAAAGCAUCAUAGAGUUACCACAAACCCUAAAUGCCCUCGUAAACUCAUCCCUACCAGCGGUCCUCGUUGCAACGAAGUGCGAUAACCCGGAGAAUUUAAGACAUAUCGAUACGGAGGCGGUCGCUGCGGCGUGCCAAUCUUGCCUCGCUACUUUUAAGACGUCCGCCAAUAAACCCGAAAGUGCGAGGAUAGCAUUAUCCACGCUCCUCAAAGCAUUAGUAAUGAGAAGUCAAGACCCAGACGGCACAGAAAGCAUAGGUUCAAGACGUCGAGCAGCCUCAGCCGCGCAUCUUGAUGCUCAAUUAGAACCAACAAAUUCUCGACCGCUAAGUCAACAUAGCAAACACAGCCGUGCUAGUUCGGAUAUGUCCCUGCUUCGAGGGUUCAUCAACCAGCCUGGGGCAGAUUACCGUCAUUCCACAAGAUCACCUCGCGUCGAUUAUACAGGAAGCCACGUAACCGGCCAAUUCCCGGACGCGGCAGAAGAUGAUUCAGGCCAAACCGUCUCAAGUAUGCUACGUACUCCAGGCAUCAGACUAGAUCGUUCCCAAAAUACUGCUUCGUAUCUUGAAGUCGAAGAUUCCGAUGCGGACUCAUUGAGAUAUUCCGAUGAUAUACCUUUACUCCAGCGGAGUGAUGACUCAAUGUUCGAGCGACCAGCAAAGAAGGUUGGUGUCACUUUCGAAGAGUUGGUGGAUCGUCUCGUUGGCCAGAAAAUGUCUAGAGCAGAUAACAAUUUCUUGGAUAUCUUCCUAUGCUUGUACCGAAAGUUCGCAACUCCCUGGCAACUCUUUUCGGCCCUCUUAUCACGGUUGGAACGUCUCAAGGACGACAAGUCCGUUCAUUAUCUUACCAAAACCGCCACACAACUCCGAAUAAUCGAGGUAAUUGCCAAAUGGGUCGGGACAUAUCCUGUUGAUUUUGCGCGACCAGCGACGAGAAGAAGGCUCGAGAACUUCGUGGGGCAUUUGUCCACCGAGCCAAUAUUUUCUGCGGCAGCGCAACAAAUGCGUAAAACUUUGGAAUACGGUGCGAUCGAGGCCGACGAUAUAGGCUGGGAGAAAGCUGAUAGUCCCGAUGAUACCGAAGACAACGAGCUAGCUACAAACUCUUUCAAAGACUCUACGAAACGAUUUCCUGAUUUGUCAGAAAGUAUGAGCUCUCUUGGUGUAGAUGAACCAAUCGAAAGACGACCUUCGGCUAGUUCAUCUCUCCAAACGGAUGGUGGGAUAGCUGGAAAGAUACAUUCAUUCCAAUUUCACUCAUACGAAGAUUACGAGCGAGAAGCGGCAACGAUGGUGCCUACAUACACACUACCACUAACCAAAUUCCGGUAUCACAUAUUUAUGGACACGUCGAAUGAGGACAUUGCCGACGAGAUGACACGUAUUGAUUGGGUUAUGUUCUCUUCAAUCCGAAUCCGUGAUUUGGUCCGACACGUCAGCUUGUCCGCUGAUCAGAAGGAAAAGUGCAGAGCCAUGAAGAAUGUGAACCGCACAAUUGCGCAUUUCAACCAUAUCGCGACUUGGGUUUCGAAUAUGAUUCUCAUGCGGGAUAAGGCUAAACAUCGUGCACAGAUGCUAGAGAAAUUCAUGAGUAUUGCUUUGAGACUCAGACAACUCAACAAUUAUAAUGGUCUAGCAGCCGUGCUAGCUGGCAUCAACGGAACGGCCAUCCACCGUCUCUCACAGACUCGGGCACUCGUUCCGGCUGAGGUUCAAAAACGGUUCGCGAGAUUGGUGCUGCUCAUGGGGACGCAAAAGAGUCAUUUUGCUUACCGAUUAGCAUGGGAAAACUCACCGUUGCCACGUAUCCCUUUCAUCCCGCUACAUCGUAGGGACCUUGUAUCGGCUGAAGAGGGUAGCAUGACACUGGUGGGUCCCCAAGGCGACCGAAUAAAUUGGAAGAAAUUUGAGAUUUUAGGGGAGAUCCUCUUGCCCAUCAUGAAAAGUCAAGGGACUCCCUAUCCAAAUUUAUCCAAGCAUGAUACAGCAAGGGAACUCAUAUUAGAUUGCUUGAUGCCUACGGAUGAUGAAGACAUUUACCAACGCAGUAUUCAAGUUGAGACGCCUAGUGGUGGCUCAGUAAGCACCGACAAGAAGAAAUUCCCUUGGUUCGCGAAGUCGUAG